CUGUCCCUCCCCGGCCCCAUGGCGGCCAAGUGGUUCAAGGAGUUCCCCUCCAACCUGAAGACGGUUUCGGAGAGAGCUCGGCCGGGCAGCGGUAGUCUGGGCAAGAGCCGCAAGAAUUCGGCCGCCGAGCUGGGGGGCUGCCGGGUCGGCCCGGGGGGUGGCAAGGAAGGGGGUGGCCGGCUGUCGCGGGACAACCUGCAGGGUCUGCUCCAGGCCGCCACCGGGAAGAUGCGGAAGAACUCGCGAGCGGAGGGGGGCACGCCGGAGGGACCCCCCAAAACCUGCGGCACCUACAUCAACCGCCUCAUCAAGGUGGAGGCUCAUGAGAAAAACGGGAAGGGGUACCCUGGCCCCCCACCCACCGGCCUGCCUGCCCCCGAGCAGGACAAGGGGAAGACCCCCAAGACAGAGACGGUCAUCAUCCUGGAGGACUACGCCGACCCCUACGACGCCAAGCGCACCAAGGGGCAGCGGGAAGCCGAGCGCUUGGGGGAGAACGACGGCUACAUGGAGCCUUACGACGCCCAGCAGAUGAUCACAGAAAUCCGCCGUCGGGGCUCCAAGGACCCACUGGUCAAAGCCAUCCUGCUGCUGGAGGGUCCCGGCGAGCCCGGGGAGGGGGGCGGCAAGCCGGAGCCGGCCAAGCGGCCAGCGGGCAAGGAGGCGGCAGGGAAGGGGCCACAGCUCUACGACACCCCCUAUGAGCCCGGGGAGGGGGUUGCUGGGGGGACCCCGGAGCGCAGGGCGAGGGCCGGGGACGGGCGCCUGCCCGAGAACGACGAGCGCCCGGCGGGCGAGUACGAGCAGCCCUGGGAGUGGAAGAAGGAGCAGAUUGUCAAAGCGCUGUCAGUCCAGUUUGAGGGCUCGGAGCGUCCCAAGGAAGAGGCACCGCGGCAGCACCUACGCCAGAAGAGCUGGACCCCCAAGAUGCUGAAGCCGGCGGGCGCUGAGCACGGCGAGGGGGAGCGCGUGGACCCCGCCCUGGCGCUGGAGAAGCAGCCCUGGUACCAUGGGGCCAUCACGCGGGCCGAGGCGGAGAGCCGGCUGCAGGCGUGCCGGGAGGCCGGCUACCUGGUGCGCACCAGCGAGACCGGCAGCGGCAAGUACUCCAUCGCGCUCAAGACCAGCCAGGGCUGCGUCCACAUCAUCGUGGCCCAGACCAAGGACAACAAGUACACGCUCAGCCAGGCCAGCGGCGUCUUCGCCAGCGUCCCCGAGGUCGUGCACUACUACUCCACCGAGAAGCUGCCCUUCAAGGGGGCCGAGCACAUGGCCCUGCUGCACCCCGUCCACUGCAAGCUGCAUUAGCGCCCGCUAAUGUCCCCCCAGACUGGCCCACGACCCCCAGCCCCGGAGCAUGGGGCAGGGUCCAGCCCCAGCCAUCGCUGCGUGCCACGGGAAGGGUCCGGCAGAGGACCCCUCGGUUGCGUCCCCAGCCUUGCGGGGACCCCGCUCCUGCCUGCUGGCAGCUGCCCGCCGCUGGACUCCGGC